CGAAUUCCUAUUAUGCUGAUCGGGCAAGGCCGAAGCGGAAAGACUUCGCUGAUGAAACGUCUUUCAGGAUUACCAAUCAAUAACUAUGAACCCAGUACCACUGGUAUUGACGUUGAUGUUGUCGAGCUAACAGAACAAAAUGCAGAAGAUCCCUGGAAAAAGAGAGAAGUGCAGAAGUUUAUGACCAGUGAAAGUGAGGCAAAAACUGUGAUAUACAAAAAAACUGCCGAGUACAUUCGUACAGUAGAUCAGACGAAUUUAGAAGAAUUUGCGAAUCCAGUGAAUAGAAGAGAAUUAUUAGCAGAAGAAGAAAUCUCCACUGAACACGACCAGGGAACCGAAUACCUUCAUACAAGAGUUCAGAGGAAUUUGGAAGAGGAUGCGCCAGAAUCAGUGAUGCCAGUGAAGCCAUCACUAAGAGAAGAAAUGUCCGAAUUCAAAUUGCAGAGUUCCACUGAAAACGACCAGAACGACGUUCUUCGGGUAUUUGUAAGUGACUUUGCUGGACAGUCAAUCUAUUACGAUACCCAUGGCUGCUUUGUGAAACCGCAUUGCCCUUGUGUUUUGGUUCACGACGCUUCUCUGGAGUUUGAUAAAACCGCCGUUCCCAGGUUUAAAGCAAGUGAUGAGGAAGAGAUAGAAAUGAACAAUCCUCAUCUUAAUACCAAUUUAGAUAAUUUUACAUCAUGGUUGAAGUUUCUACAACGUUUAGGAGAAUGCCAAUAUCAACAGUUUCCUGAUAAAUCUCGUCACUGUAUUACUGUAAAAGGUAAGAAGUUUGAACUGCCACCAGUUUUAAUAGCCUUAACUAACAGCGAUAAAGUGAAAGGCAACGGCAGGAAAAUGGAUAGCGUAGAGAAGAGAAUCAAGAAGGUCUUGGAUGAAGGAAAAUAUAAGAAUGUCAUUCCUGGGGUUUUCCUGAUCGACAAUACAUUGGAAGGCGACGACGGAGACGACGUGCGAAAGCUUCGUAGAAAGCUUUUUGACUACUCGAAUGCAGUCCUUAACCAGGAGAUUUUAAUGCCUGUGAAGUGGCUAAAUUUUGAAGUUGCUCUAAGCCGGAAGCUAUCACGAGAUUGCAAGUAUAUCCCAGUUGACGAAGCUAAGAAGAAGGCGGAGGCCUGUGGCGUUGAGUUUGAUCAUGCUAUCAAAUUUCUACACCGCCAAGGUGUGGUCUUACACCACAGUGGAUCCAGCAAGGUUGUAUUGGAUCCUCCCUGGUUAAUGAAGCGCUUUACGGAAGUGAUCUCCAUGCCUGUCGAAUCGGAUGCCUACUCUAGGCAGGCUCUCUCUGUGUUCAGACAGAAAGGCAUGUUGCUUCCAGAAUAUCUUCAGGAGCUGGAAGACGCAGAACUUUUAAAAGAGCUGAUGCAAAAGUUUAAUUUGAUUUGUUCUUGCCAGCACGAGGGAAAGGCAGCUUUUUAUGUCCCUUCAGUUGCUCCAGCUAUGAUACCAGGAAAAGAGUUGGAAGCUAGCAAUGUUCCAUCGUUGUUUGUGACAUUUCCUCACAAACUUGUACCGAUGGGCCUGUUUACGAAGCUUCAAGUGAAGUUAAUUUCUGAGUGGAAAGAACGCUUCCCCAAACAAGCCAGGCCGUCCUUCUACUGCAACUACUCCUUGCUUCCACUUAUUAUAGACGGCAACUUGUGUGAUGUUUGUUUAAUCGACCUCCACGAGUUCAUUAAGGUUGUCGUUUUUCCGAAUAACGGUGGCAAUCAUUUCGAGUUUGCCAGUUAUCUCCUAGCCACCUUGAAAAAGUGCUUGGACGAACUUAAAUCUCCAGAUCAACUAUUCAGCAUGACCAGCUAUGACCUCGAAGUGAAAUGUACCUGCUGCUUUGGUAAAGAAGAAAGAAAAUGUUCUCGUCAUCAUAAGAUCCAGUGUCUGUCAGACCGUUGUCAUGAGCACUUCUGGAAGCUUAGUGACCUUCAGAGAUUCUACAACGAUAAAUCCUAUGCAUUUUGCUGUUCGGACAAACGCCCGUCCAAGGUGUUUGACAUAGAGAGUGUAGAGAUUUGGCUCAAUACUGGUAAGUGGCUAAUGCUAAAGGCGUUUAAUCAUUUAACAAUUAGAUAAGUUGUCUAAUUAUUAAAUGUGAGUUGUAUAAUAUAAAUAUGAAAAAAAAAUUUCAAGCCUACCCCCGUGUGGAUAUACACUCAGAUUAACAUCACAAGCGUCUUAUUCAUCUGAGUACAUUACAUCAACUACGCGAAUUGGACCCCUCGCCGGUCUCGCGUAUUUUAGUAUUGUAUUUUGGAUAUUCUAUCAAAGCGUUUUAAAUCGUCAUAAAUCUCGGAUGCUUAACUGCUCAAAUAAAAACGGAAAUGAAAAUAUAUUUCAAAUUAUUUUUGCCUUAACAUACCGUAAUAGAGUGAUGCAUUCCAUUCAACCCUGUUCUUUCGUACGGGACUUUAAGUUGUUCCAUUAUUUCUAUGGCUCUUUGAAGAGGUAUCGAGGGAACCGAUCAGUUGGCCUGUUCUUGGAUUGCAGUUUAUAGGGGUUUUUAGUGAUAAGCAUUGUAUAUAAAUUUUUUUCAUGUAUUAGGUAUUUAAGCACGUAGUCAGGCAGAUAGAGGAACAAAAAUUAUGGAAAACUUACCAUAUCGAGGGGCAGUUCCAUUUUGCGUUCGUCUUGUGCCCUGAAGGCUAUAAUAUGUACGUUACUGUAUGUCGGCGGCGUUAAAAUUUUUUGUGGGCUCCUGCCGACACGUUUUUCUUCGAAGUUUGUAUUAAACUCUAUUACAGUUAAAAAAUGUGAAAUUUCAAAUACAUUUCUAACACAAAUGACUUACUUCAUUUGAAAGCUUGCAAAAAAAACUACAUAUAAGACAUUUAAACGGUUACCAGGGUUUUUCAAGUUCUUCUUGAGUUAUGAGCUGUUGAAAGCGUGUUUUCAGACCAGUACCCAGGAUAUUUCCAAGAUUUUGGCUUAUUUUUCACAUUUGGAAUAGCAAUAACCUAAAAGCCGCUUGAAAGUCCCAGCUAACCAGUUGAAUGUCUUAUAUGUAGUUUUUUGUAAGUUUUCUAUUGAUGCAAAUCAUUCGUAUUAGAAAUGUAUCAGAAAUUUCACAUUUUUUAACUGUAAUAGAGUUUAAUGCAAAAUUCGAAGAAAAACAUAUCGGCAGGAGCCUACAAGAUAUUUUAACGCCGCCGACAUACAGAAAUGUACUUACUAUAGCCUUCAGGGCACAAGAUGAAGAUAAAAUGGAAUUGCCCCUCGAUAUGGUAAGUUUUUUCCCUUCUAUCUGCCUGACUAAUGUUUUUGUUGUAAUAUGUAGUUUCAAAUUGUUUACAGGUUCUAAUUCGACAAGAAACUCCAGGAAUCGACAGAAUCUCAAACGUAUGUAUAUGUAUAUGAAUCAGUUAAUAUAAUAAUCAUCACUAUUAUUACCUCCGCCAGGAAGUUAUAUUUUUAUCUGCGUUUGUAUGUGUGUGUGUGUCUUAUUCUCGUUCUUAUCCUCAUCCUUAUUGUGAUCUUUAGUAUUAUCGUUAACCAUAUCGUUCUUUUUCUCUUUGCUAUUUUUAUCUUUUCAUCCAGUGUGCGAUAAUUCGUACCUGACUGGUACUCUAAAGCACAAAGUAUAUCAUACAAACUUUGCGGUCACACGAGUUUUGUCUGCUUGCAUGCGUCAUUUUCUCGCGCCACGCAGAGUGUUCUGGCAAUUGUCAUUGCUUAAAUUUUCAGGUAAGAGUAUAAGGGAAACGCCGUUCGAAAGGUUAAAAAUGUAUUUUUUAAAAGAAUUGGCGCCCUUAUAUAUUCUCAUUUUCAGACACAAAUUGUCGAUAGCAAUAGUAAGUGGUCGUUUUUGUUUAUUUGACAAGCAUAAUUGAGUCUUUUGACAGCUUUUAUUUUAUUCAGGCAAGUCAGCAAGUGUUAUUCAGAUAAAAGUUUUGGGAAAACGCUGUUCGAUAGCAAAAAAAUCAUUUUUAAAGAAUUUGGUGCUUUUUGUUCUCAUUUUCCCACACAGUAAUUUAAUAGUAACAGUAAAUGGUCUAUUUUGUCUAUUUAAAAAGUACAGUUGAACUUUUUGACAUCUUUUAUUUGUUCUUGAAAGUGAGUUGACUUGUGUCCAACAUAUUUUGAUAAUUUAAAACUUUUGCCCUUCGAAAGCUAUAUUUUUUCCUAGUUAAUUUGUUUUACACAUGAGUGGUCUCUGUGGAAAAAAUAUUCAAAUACGUUCUCAGUAAAAGUUGAUUUUGUCGCCAAAAACAGAUAAGCCAUUCCGCUUUGACUAUUACUACUGGUGUUCCUCAAGGAUCAAUACUUGCACCUUUGCUCUUUUUGUUAUAUAUCAAUGAUAUUGAAAAUUGUAGUAAUGUUAUCUCAUUUGUCUUGUAUGCAGAUGACGCAAAUGCUUUUUAUUCAAAUUCUUACUUAAACUUUUUAACGAAUAUAAUGCAAGAAGAAACGAAUAAAAUUAUGAAUUGGCUUAAUGCUAAUAAAUUACCAAUAGACACUUCCCGAAUUUGCUUGAGUGCACAUGAAACAAUAGCUUGGAAUCGAGGCGGACAAUGUAAUCCAUUGGAAAUAAGUAUAGUUUUCCAAUGGAUUACAUUGUCCGCCUCGAUUCCAAGCUAUUGUUUCAUGUGCACUCAAGCAAAUUCGGGAAGUGUCUAUUAACGUUUCUAAAACGAAAUUAAUUCUUUUCAAAUCAAAAAAUAAAAAAUUGGAAUCUCAUAAUAAUAUUACAAUAAAAAUAAGAAAUGAAUUGAUCCAAAAGGUCUCUUAUACAAAAUUUUUGGGUGUACUAAUUGAUGAAAAUUUAACGUGGAAAAAUCAUAUUGAUUCUAUAUAUGUAAAACUAUUGUCAAGUUUACUGGACUAAUUUCAAAAUUGCGACAUUUUACGAACUUGAACACUAUAAAAUUACCCUAUUAUGCUUUAAUUUAUCCAUACCUUACAUAUGGUAAUUUAGCUUGGGGUAAUACAUACCCUUCGAAAAUUGAAAAGCUUUUCAGAAUUCAAAACAAGAUUAUUCGAUUAAUGAAAUUUAAAUCAUACACAGAACAUACAAAACCGCUAUUUAAUGAUUUGAAAAUAUUAGAUAUUUUCAAAAUUAACGAUUACCUUACCAGCUUAUUUAUGUACCGUUGCAACUGUACUAAUGAUUUACCCGACAUUUUUAAUGGCUACCUCAUAAAAAAUUCAAACAUUCAUGAACAUUGCACGCGAAAUUCAAAAAAAUUGCAUAAAGUUUAUACAAGAACAAACUAUAGAAAACAAUCUGUUGUUAGUAAAGGUAUUGACGUUUGGAAUAAUUUAAGACGGACUUAAAAAAUAUUGGAUCAUAUAUGGUUUUCAAAAAAAAUAUGUGAAAACAUACUUUAUAUCACACCAACAGGGCAGGAAAAAAGAAUUUUCUUCCUGGGAGCACAACCUGGAGACAAAAAUUUCCUGCAGACCAACGGAGUAUUUUUGUGCUAAAUCUACAUGAGCUCAUCAUAUAGUGUUCUAGCUGACCAUGGUUUUGAAUACAAGGAAUAAUGUCUGUAAACCAUAUGUUGUUGGCCCAUAGUGGGACAUGGGUGUUAAGGUUUCCUUCAAAUUUUCAAUAGCAAAUCUUCAUUCAAACGAAUUUCCUGCAGCGGUUUAACAUUUCCUGCGAGCAGUGCUCGCGUGCUCGCCUAUUUUUUCCACCCCUGCACACCAAUCAGCUAAUUAAUCAUCCUAUCUUAAUGUAUAAAGUUUAAAAAAUCUGAAAAAUCUUGUAAAUAGACUAACUUUCCUUUAAACACUCUCACGAUUGUAUAUAUUUUCGUUAUUAUAUUAUGUACUAUUUUUAUGACAUCAUGAAAUUAUACCAAGUAAAAAAAAAGUUUUGUUAUAACUAGGUAGGUGUCUUAAAAUAAAAGCCCAAAAGGGUUUCUAAAAGAUCUCUAGCCCUACGUAUAGAUUAUAAAAAUGUAAAUAGUUAAAUUUUAUUGUACUUUGGAAAAUUGGGCGAAAUAAAUUAAUAAUAAUAAUAUAAACGUCUGCAAUAUGACGACCUCAAAAUGUACUACACUAUAGUUUGAUGUCAAUCCGAAGACGAAGUUCAGAAUACUAUAUUAGUUUUGUGUGUUGGAUUUAAAGAGGCUCCCUACAGUUUCCAAUAUAUGUCAAUGUUUUAAACUAAAACCUAUUUAAUUAAUUUGAAUCUUAAAAAAACUGAUUUUUUGCACAAGCCAUUGUUUCCUUUUAUAUAAAAGAGUGAUUGUAACCCACAAUCGCUACUUUUCAUGUUACCAUGACAACAUGACGUCACCAUCUAUAUGGCCUAUAUCAAGUUAUCAACCAAAAAAGCCGUCUUAGCGGACAAAUAACCACAGUGACCUACCUUUUUUAUUGCAGAAAAUACAUUCUUAUGAAGUUUUGAAUCUUUUUUGAAAGUUAUUUGAAAAUCGCCAGUGUAGUUUUCGAGAAACUGAAUUUCAGCCUUUUCAAAGGCUAAAAUGCAGUCUUAAAGGCUGAAAUUCAGUUUCUUGAAAACUACACUGGCGAUUUUCAAAUAACUUUCAAAAAAUAUUCAAAACCUCAUAACAAUGUAUUUUCUGCAAUAAAAAAGGUAGGUCACCAUGGCUAAUUGUCCGGUAUAUAAGAUUGACAUAUAUUGGAAACUGUAGGGAGCCUCCUUAAAGGUACACUGAUUGUAACUUAUGACUUAAUUUUGACUCUAUUUGAUAAUAUAAGAAUCUGUUUUGAAAUUCUAGCCAGAACAGGUUCUUAUUUAAGGGGGUCUAAAUAAAAUAUUUCAGCCUAACAGGUUCUUAAAUUCUAGGUUCUUAUAUAUGCGGGGUUUUACUGUACGUAGUAUUUUACAUUUUUCGCGCAAAAUAACAUGUCUGAGAAGAUGGGAACAUGUUUGUAGCACGACAAUGCACGUCAAUGUUCGGGUAAAUCUGUCGGUAAGAUUGCUUUGAAAAACAAAGAUGACGAAGAACCAACCCACACAGGUACAGGUUGGCUUGUUGCCAAGGAAGAAAGUGAAUCUUAUAUAAUGACUAACUAUCAUGUGAUUAAGGCGAUCAAGCAACGCAGACCUCAAUUCAACGCGAAGUCAAAGUCUAUAUCUUAAUUCGCGCAGCCUUAUAUCUCCUAUGUGUAAUUAUUUCUUCCGCUUUUCAAGUGCCCGAUGCAGCUAUGGAAGAAGACAGCUCAAACUUUGGAUGGCCAAAUGAAACUUCAGGUGAAGCUUCAAACUCAGGUAAUUGUUUGGUUACGGUUAGACUUUGACUAUACAUUAGUUUGCAAUUUACGUUUCCGAUUUUAGAGGACCAUAUAUUUCUGUGCACACUUUGUAAGUACCGUGUGUGUUUUCAUCAGAAUUUUUUGCAGCAUUUUUAUAGAAUAUAAUUCAUAAAAGCUGGUAGUGGAAAGCAAAUGUUCUUUUGUACAGGACUUUAAGCUGUUGCGUCAUUUCUAUAACGGCUCUUUAAAGGGAAAUGGCAAUAUAUUUUUUAUUUUCUCGUUUGAAAGAACAUUUAAAACCAUAUAUAAAACUCUUUUAGACAUGUUUUUUGUUGUAAUAUGUAGUUUUAAAUUACUCGCAGGUCCUCAAACGACAGGAGAUUCCUAUCGCACAGGAUCUAUUAAAGGUAUGAAUCAGUUAAUAUACAGGGUGCCCCAAAAAUUUUUAUACGAGACAAAAUAAUUGUCGUGUUGUUUUAAUCCAUUGAUAUUUGACUUAUCAAAGUAACCAACUGUUUGCCUUACAGAUUCACUUAAGGUGGCGACACCAAUAUUUAAAAACUGAAAAUGCCCUCAAAUUUCCGAUUUGUGGACGAAAGCCUGGAUAAAGAGUCAUACGAAUAAAAGCAAAAAAAUUAUUAUUGUAAGACCCAUGAACAGUAUUGCAUUUUGAGAUGCAACUUUCAAAUGAUAAACAUGAUCGAAAGUAACUAAUAUGAAUUCUUUAAUUUUAUUUCAAACAUUCAAUAAUUCAUAAGCUUAUUGGCAAAUCAUGUCAACUAUAAAGCUCCUUAUAACUGUAUAAGAGGCUUUAUACCUGAUAAAAGUCAUCUUCAUUAGUUUUCUUUAUAUAAAAGUGCAUCCUAAUUAGUUUUCUUCAUAAUAAAUAUGAAAGCCCAAUAUAUAACUUUUAGCAAAGCCAUUAAAACAGUUAAGAUUUUAAAGAAUUUUUAUUGUAACUUUUCGUCGUUAACUUAUUCUUUAUAUAAAGAAUACUAAUGAAACGGCAUCUAUUGUAGUCGUGUUUGGAGCUAUUCAAAACACUUGUAGUCGUGUUUUUUUCAUAUCUAAAAUGCUUGUGCUGCGCACUCGCAUUUUAAAUAUGAUAAAACACUCCUGCUCGUGUUUUAAAUAGUACUUAAAAUAAUUACGUAAAAAGUAUACUCAAUAAUUCAUAAACCUUGUGGCAAAUCAUGUCAGCCAUAAUAUGUGACAUGUGGCAUUAUAUAAUGUGGCAUUUUAUAAUUGUUCAUCCUAGUUGGUAUUCUUAUAUAAAGAAUACUAAUGAGACGGCAUCUCAGUUUUGUAGUCGUAUUUUAAGCUAUUCAAAACACUUGUUUUUUAUUUGAUAUAAAACGCUCGGCUGCGCCUCGCUAUGAAGUUUUUUAGCGGACAAAAUAUCUGAAAUGUACCAAUCGAGUUUAUGCGCUAUAAAUUGAAGUUAUGUGCUAUACAUUGAUGUUAUGUGCAAAUACAUCGAUGUCAUAAACCGAUACAACUAAAAGAUAAACCGAUACAGCCAAAAGAUAAACCGAUACAAAUAAAAGAUGAGGAAACGGAAGUAAAUACCAAUAAAAGACGAGGAAACGGAAAUAAAUACCAAUAAAAGAUGAGGAAACGGAAGUAAAUACCAAUAAAAGACGAGGAAACGGAAGUAAAUACCAAUAAAAGAUGAGGAAACGGAAGUAAAUACCAAUAAAAGACGAGGAAACGGAAGUAAAUAGGCCUACCAAUAAAAGAUGAGGAAGCGGAAGUAAAUCGGAAAAACGGAAGUUGAGCGACGCGGCGACAUACAACAAUGGCGUCUCUUGGACCACGCAUUUGGCUUCCUAAUACAGAAAACUUUUUUCGUGAAUUGGUUGAUUUAAUAAGAAAUGCUGAACAAAGUCGCACUCAUUGUGACUCGCCAGACUUUUAUUGUCGUAGAUUAGAAGAGUCACCGAAUCAUACACAACGGAGCAGUUUUUAAUCAACAAUCUACAUAUACUAUGUACUCAUUUAAAUACUUAAAAUAUUUAAAUACGAAAUGAAUUCGACGUUAUUGUUGAAAAUUAUGAACGGAACUCAGAGCGCUUUUCACUAGAAAGCGUUUGUACGGCGGAAAGAAACUGGCUCGUUGGUGGGCCAAAAAUACAAGUCGCAGAAGAGCAGUUAACCACAUUGCUUUUUAAGUUUAGAUAUAGGUAAUGAGAACCAUAUUGGUGUCCUAGUAAUAAAUUUAUGCCACAAUAGUCCCUAAAUGUUAGAUAAAAAAUGUAGUGUGAAAUAUGAUAGGCCAUGAUAGUGUGAUGGCCUCGUGUUGUUGGCACAAUUUAUGCAUGUGAAAAUAAUGUUGUAUUUGAUAAGCCUGAGAAUAAGAAAUAAGAAACCACUUGUAUAUGUAUAAAUGUAAACCUAAGAAAUAUAAGUGUAGGUGUAGACUUUUGGAACAUAAAAUUGGACGGAUGCGUGUGUGAAAUUGUAUCGGUAAAAUAUCCUGUGGUGUAAAAAAAUUUGAUCAUACUCAAGGACUGAAGGAGUAUGAUCUCGCUGUACUAAAAAGCUUGUAUGGAGGCAUGUAAAAUAUAUAAUGCGACAGAAGGAGAUAGUCGUGUGUAAAAUUCAGUAUCCCUGAAAGGCUGGCUGCGGCACAGACGCAUUAUUUGGUACACACGAAUUCUGAGUACGUGGUAUUUGGAAACGAGAAUUCAGUUCUUCGGGUAACGAUGUGAACUGCUGCACUGAACCACCUUGUGAUGCGUUUUCUUCACGUGUUUGCGAAGAAUGCUGUAAAUUGGUCACCGCGCUUAAGAUAGACUGAACAGAAUCCUGAACAUUUGGUAUUCUGCCCUGUCUCUCUUCUGCCAUGUUUUUCAAUAUGUAUUCACCAAUCACCAGCUUGGCGCCACUACUUGGCACGCGCAAUUUUGCCGCGUCGCUCAACUUCCGUUUGCGAUUUACUUGCUCUUCCUCAUGUUUUAUUUGUAUUUACUUCCGUUUCCUCAUCUUUUAUUGGUAUUUACUUCCGUUUCCUCAUCUUUUAGUUGUAUCGGUUUAUCUUUUAGUUGUAUCGGUUUAUCUUUUAGUUGUAUCGGUUUAUGACAUCGAUGUAUUUGCACAUAACAUGAAUGUAUAGCACAUAACAUUAAUUUAUAGCGCAUAAACUCGAUUGAUACAUUUCAGAUAUUUUGUCCGCUAAAAAACUUCAUACCUCGCGUUUCAUAACUCCUACUCGUGUUUUAAAUAGUGCAAAAAAUCCUAUUAUUUUAUCUAAUGUGCAUAUUUGGACAAGUAGAAUAUUGGUGUUGCCACCUUAAGUGAUUCUUGAACGCAAGCGGUUGGUUGUUUUGAUUCGUCAAAUAGCAAUGGAUUAAAACGAUAUGAUAGUUAUUUCAUCCAAAAUCUGAAACUUCUACUAAAGCUAACGUGUUGUAAUACCAUCAAAUAUAGUGGAGGCAUUUUUUGGGGGACACUGUAAUAAUCAUCACUAAUAUUUCACUAAUAUUCUUAUUCUUUUCCAUAUUUCUGUCUACAUCUUCAUCCUUUUCCUUAUUUCUGUCCUCAUCCUUACUCUCGUUCUCAUCCUUAUUGUACUCUUUAGUGUUGUCGUUAACCAUAUCUUGUCGUACCUGACUGGCACUCUAAUUAUGUUUUUUGCCGCGUAGACUCAAGGUGUACUUAGUCUUCAAAAUAAAGUACAUAUAUAGUACAGGUUUCUGAAAGGUAUUCAUUCUGUAACCUAAAACUACGGGUUAGAACAAGGAGAACAAUUACAUAGUUACACAAACAUACAGUUGACUCCAACGUUCCUUUGUCCCAUCAGUGCAAUCAUGUUUCAUGUCAAGAUAUGUCAGAGUUGCACAUACAAACUUAAAUUGUGGUUUUGAAUACUUUGGGUUUGGAAAGGUCAUGUGGUACCAGCAAAAUGUAAGUACGCAGAUAGCAAGAGUUUCACGUACCUACGUGGUACUUGCAUGGUUGAAAACAAAGAAAUAUCAGACCGUAAUAUGACGUACUUCCGGUACGUAAGUACGCGAAUUAUCACACUCUGUCAUCCUUAUCCCUGUUCCCAUCUUUAUUGUUAUUGUUGUUUUAAUUAUUAGUACCAUAACUUUGCUUUAAGUAACUUACGUUGACAUUGUAAGUACGCGUUCGAGUUACGGAGAUUUCGGUUAGCAACCUUAAAGUUAAGAAACUUUAGAAUAACCGAGUUCUUUUCACAAUCUUCGAGGCUUGAUCUAACCUUUCUCAAAGAUUGAUUGUAAAAAGAACUCGGUUAUUCCAAAGUUUCUUAACUUUAAGGUUGCUAACCGAAAUCUCCGUAAGUUUGCUUGGUUGUAGGCAACUAUCAAAAUGUUCAAUUUUGUGGAUUUUUUUUUUCUUUUAUAACAAAAAGGCAUCAGCUUUAGAAGACUGGAUAAAUGCCAGGAUUCUGUCGGUAUGAUUUCUUUGAAAAACGAUUGUGACAAUGGUUUAACUAACACUGGUACAGGCUGGCUUUUUGCCAAGGAAGGAAGUGUAUCUUAUAUAAUGACUAACUAUCAUGUGAUUAAGGCAAUAGAGGAACGCACACGUAAAACUCAACGCAAAACCAAAGUAGUCAUUCAGUUUGAUUAUGUGGAGAAGGCCCUGCCAAGCUGCGACGAAUUUGAAGUCGCGCAAGAAGCUGUAAUUUCCAAUGUUGAUUUGGACUACGCAGUAUUGAAGGUUCAGAGCGACUGUCCUGGUAGAGAAUGCUUAGAAGUUUGUACGCACUCGCCUAAGUCUGACAGCAAUGUCACUGUUAUUGGUCAUCCAAAAGCCGAAUCGAGGAGAUACUUGUUUGGAAAGGUGCUUCGUACACCAAGGCCAAGCAGCUCAGAGGAAAUCUGUAAAUGGGUUCAGGACAAAACAAAACAAUACUGUCCUGUUAAGCAUUGCGAGGGAUUGGAUAAAAAAGUUGUUUGUGCCCACAAUUAUAAUUGGGAUAAACUUAAAAUGCGAAAGGAUUUUUUGUUGAUUCACAACUGUCAAACAAGCAAGGGGGCAUCAGGUUCACCGGUUGUAAAUGACAACGGCGAAGUUGUAGCGGUGCAUAGUUGGGGUAUGUUUUUGGGAAAUAAAGAGCAGCGGGGAAAACCAGCACUUGAGUUUGCGCACUCCAUUAACCCUAUUGUUGAGGACAUCAAGAAAAAUAAAGCAUUGGCGCAAAAACUGAACGUUGAUAAACUGGACACAACAAUCAAACAGUAGGUUAUUUAUUGUCCUAGAGAUUAAGGGAAGCGUCACAUAUCGAGAUUGUCCACGAGAAACGUCAAAUGGACGUUUCUCUGGAGACCCUCCCCUCUUCGAAACGUCACACACUGUUUUCGACUCUGUCAACGCCCUUGAGCCAUUAUUUAUCUUGCAGACUUUAAAAUUGAGUGUUGUGUAUAAAAGUACACUUGCCUGCAGGAGAAGAAACUUCCUGGUUUUAAAAUUCGUAUCUUAUCUUAUAGGUAGUGAAAUUUACACAACACUGUGGGUAUAAAAAUAAAGAUGUGAGGAUUAUUCAAUGAUAAACCAAAUAUGGUAACAUAAAUGUGAAAAGUAAUCACAGGCCUUAAAAUAUCAGUCGGUCCCAGACAUUGUCCGACACAUUCGUGAAAUUGUCCGACGUAGAGAGGAAACCACCGGACAUUCUGUCCGACCAAAGUGAAACUGAGGUUUAUUGUUUGUCCUACCCGAGUGUAUUGGUGUCCGACCGAACUGUAGCUUUGUCCGACGUAAAUCAAAAUGUACCCUAGCCCAGGACUAGAGGCUUGUAUGUUAAAUAUAGAAAAUCAGAGUACUAUUGUAUAAAAGGUGAACUGGAAAUGUUGUUUUAACGUAGUCGAGCGCGGGGCGGCGAGCGAAAUGGUGAAGUGGAAAACGGGCUUAAGUCGUCGAUGUCUUUUUUAAUACUGCUGUUCUGGAAAGCAAGUUAAUUUUGGCUUGGAAAUAAGUAUGAAAGAAACAAAGUAUUUAAUAUCUUUACAAGAUUUACCGUUUAUUCAUUUGUGUAGGCACUCAGACUUAUUUCCGAGUCAAAACUGAACUGAAGGUCAUCGGACAUAUGUCCGACCCAAAUUCAACGUCACCGGACAUUUUGUCUGACGGCCCUGUAAAAGAUAUUUUAAGGCCUGGACUAAUCUUAUAUGUCCUAAAUGUUAACUUUGUCAUGUAAAAUUAUUGAGUGAAUAAGGGACCGUUCAUUAUUUAUACCUGGGGUUGAUACCGAUGAUAAGCGAAAAACAGUGUAAAUUUUUAUUUACGCAACCUCGACAUUGGGUUACUGUUCUUCACAAUUAUUAAUUAAACACAACAAGAUUAUGGUGACAGAAAUCAAGUUGCCUAAAUUUUAAAAUCACACUCAAACUCACUGAGAGUGUGUUUCUGCUUAUCAAUGAAGGAGUCCUUCCUCAAUCACUGAUGGUGUAUUUUGGUACAGAAUGCAUUGUACACAUUUUCUUCAUACUUUCCAAUGCAUGGUAAUUUUUGUUUUAUUUUAUAGUUGACAAACAACCUGCAGUUUGCCGGUCGGACAAACGCCCGUCCAAGGUGGUUGACAUAAAGAGUGUAAACAUUUGGCUCAAUACUGGUA